GUGAAUAAAUGAUAAUAACAUGAGAUGUAUUUUAAUUAUAUUAUAUUAAUCUUCUUUGGUAGUAUUAUUAAUUUUGUUUAUAAUGCUUACCCAAGCAAUGUAUCAAUAAUAAAUAAUAAUGUGUCUGAUGCGCCGCAAGACUUGAGAGUUGAAAUAUUUGAUGAGUUUGGAAAUAUUAAUGACGAUAAUAGUCAUGAUAGCGUGUUAAAAUUUAACAUUUCGUGGUUGCCUCCAUACUCAUGGUGCCCUACAUCAUACAGUAUUUUUAUUAAUUCCAUGACAGUUGAUCAAAAAAAUACAAUUAGUUGUCCUGAAGAAAGUAUUUUUUAUACAACAACAACAACAACAACAGAUGAUAAUCUAUUUAAUAUUGUUCUUCCUGAGAAUUCACUGUUAUCAGAUGUACCAGAAUUACAAAUCAGACCUAGUUGUACUUAUGAAAUUCAAGUUUUUGCAAAUCCACGUGCAAAUGCAAACUCCAACGCUGCUAAAAUUAACAUAACAGUACCAAAUUGUAUAGGAAAAUUAUGUAAUUGUGAUGAAGCUUCGAAAUUACUUCCUUCAGUUGAGGUAAAUGCAUCUAUUGCCGACUCCAAAAGUAUUCUUAUUUCAUGGAGUACAAUACAUCAGUUAUUGAAUGCAUCAGAUAUUUCUUCAUUCAUCGUCGGAUACUCAAUACCAAUUUUAAUAUCUAAAAAUGGAAUUCCAGUCUACAAUUUGACAAAAUUAACCAGUGCGCCGAGCAAUGCCCGGUCGUAUAUCUGGCAUACAGAAUCAUCAGUUAAUUCAAUUUUUGAUAAAGAAAUGAAAAUUUUUGUCGCUGCUGAAGAUAUUCACGGAUGUCGCGGUCGAAUGAGUGAUUAUAUUAUUAAAACAAACGCCCAACCACUUCUGAUGUCAAUAACAUACAGUAAUCAAUGGCUAAUAUGGAGUACAGUACUUAUAAUUUGCUCAAUAAUUAUCGGAUUGUUCACUUACAUUCGGAAUCGAGGUCAUGAAAAUUACAAAUUCAUUUUAUCAAAUCACGUCACGUCUGGCAUUAGUAGCAUCAGAAUAUCAGAAAGAAACGGCUGGAUAAAUACUGUUUUAAAGAAGAAAAACAUGCUUUAUGCAGAUGAAAUUAUCGAGACGACGGAAACGAUAACCGAUGGCUACGAAAUAUCGUAUGACCGUAUUAAAAUUUCAAGUGAACUCGGCAAAGGGCAGUUCGGCAAAGUUUACUUAGGCUAUUUAGACUUUGUAACUAAUAAUAAUAAUAAUAAUGAAGGAGAGGAAAAUGGUUUUCCAGUAGCCGUAAAAAUGAUGAACCCGGGGAAUGUUGAUGACAAGACAGCGGCGCGUCGUCAAUUGGUUUACGAGAUUGGGACAAUGAAACGUGCCGGAUCUCAUCCACAUCUUGUUAAACUUAUUGGCUGUUGUACGAAACUUGAGAAUCCAAUUUGUAUUAUUUUGGAGUACGUCGAAGGCGGUGAUUUGCUUGGUUAUCUUCACCAAUUGCGUGAUAGUCUAAAUAAAAAAUUAACAUCAACUCAUUCAACAUCAGAAUUGUGCUCAAACGAGAAUGCAACACCAGAAGUACGGCUUAUUGCGCCGAAUUACGUCAAGUACAACAGUACAGCGGAACUGACGUGUGAUCAUACUGUUGCACCAGAUGACCUUCAUAAGGUUGAAUUUUUAAAAGAUAAUAAAAAAAUAUUGGAAUAUAUAAGAGAUCGUACAGAUCCAUUUAGAAAAUCGCCGCCAGCCGGUUUAGAAUUUGAGCAUUCGCUCGAUGGCAAGACAAUCAAAUUAAAUGAUGUACACUUUGAUGCCUCUGGCUCAUAUUCCUGCUUGGUAAGCUCUACUUAUCCAAUUUACACUGAAAGCUCGGACGAAGUAAAGCUGCAAGUUAUAGUACCUCAGUCGGAUAAUCCGCACAUAACUUUCAAGAAGGCUGUUUACACAGUAGGAGAAGUCCUCGAGGCAAAUUGUACCUCAGCUCCUGCGAAUCCAGUUCCUCAUUUGACAUGGCUCAUCAAUGGAUUAGAAGUUAUUGAAACACGCGUUACAACUUUCCCGUACCGUCAACACCAAAAACAUUUAAUGUCAGUAGAAUCACAGCUAUCUAUUGAAGUUUCUGAUUUACAUGCCGGGAAAAAUGGACAUUUGGAAAUAAGUUGCCGAGCAACAAUACCAAACUAUUUGCUUCAUCAAAAAGAUUACGCUGACAUUAGAACAAAGACUGUAACAGUGGAAAUAAUUCCUGGUCCCUCUCCGACAACUUCGUUGGCUGUUCUUCCACGUGGACUCACACCGAUCGUUAUUUCAAGCGUAUUGUGUGUGUUACACAUCUAUAAUUAAUGAUAAAUAUAUAUUUAAAUAAUAAAUAAAACGUCAAUUGCUAAAUAAAAGAUUUAAAAAAAAAAAAAAAAAAAAAAAACAGAGUAUACUAUAUAACAAAAUAAAUAAAUUAUUUAAAGAAACCGAUGUAAUAUAUUAAAAAAUAUAUUAAAAGAAAAAACAAUAAAUAUGAUAACAGAUGAAGAAAUAUACAUACACAUGUAAAAGACUUAAAUUCAUAUGUUUUAUAUGUAAUAAGUAUAUAUUUUGUUAGUUUUGAAAUGUUUAUCCAACUGUCAAAUAUUUAUAGUAUAUUUAUAAUUAUAAAUUUAUUUAGCCGUAUUGAAUAUUUAAUUGCAAAAAAGGACAAUUAUAGCAGUAAUAACGAAAAUGAAUUAACUAUCUCUAACCGGAUUGUUGGUGGCUAUGCAGUUAAGAUUAGUAAAUUACCUUUUAUGGUAAGUCUCUCGCUGCUGAAUAGUUAUUUUGGUUAAUUAAACUAUUAUUAUUGGCAACAGUUAAAUAUUAAAUUAGGUUUCAAUGCAAUGGCGGCAUGAUUCCGAACAUUUCUGUGGCGGUAGUUAUAUUAGACCUACAUUUGUAUUGACCGCCGCUCAUUGUCUUUGCCUCAGGUACUCUGCAAAAAAAUAAUUAAAUAAAUAAAAAUAUAAUAUUA